AUGAUUGUAUGGUUUCAUAGAUUCCAUAAUUAUGUUCCCUUCCAGCGGCAGAGGUACCAAGCCAUUUCAGGCGGCAUCGAUUGGUACAACGCUGUGGUGGUCUUGUAUCCUGUAGGGGGAUUGGACGCUGUGGCAAAGUUUACACCCUGGCAGUGCGGCCUGACGAUUGAAGAGUUGAAAGAAGAAGUAAAGGCUUUCAAUCCAUCAGAGGAUGAGAUCACCCGGAUACUUAGCACCGUGGAGUUUGUCCUUCACGGGGAGAAGCUGAAUGAUCUUCAGAUGACCGUCUCAGAUUCUAUCCUCGACUCUGCCAACGUGCAGGUUAUCUUCUAUGUCAAGCCGGCAAAUGAGUGUGUCAACAAAUUUGGCCACAGGGUGACGGAAUUGCGUGACGUACGCAUCCCUAGCACUGAAACAUCCAUCCAAGAAGAUGCUUUCGAAGGAUGCGCUUGCUUGUUGCGACUGGUUAUCCCGAUUGGAGAUGGUGCAUUUCGUGCAUGCUCCUCGUUGACGAGUUUGACCAUCCCGAAGUCUGUGACUCAGAUUAGAUACAAAGCUUUUUCUGGCUGCAGCUCUUUGACGAGUUUGACCAUACCGGAGUCUGUGACUCAGAUUGGAGAUGGUGCUUUUCGUUACUGCACCUCGUUGACUAGUUUGACCAUCCCGAAGUCUGUGACUCAAAUUGGAGAUCAUGCUUUCACUGGCUGCAGCUCUUUGAAGAGUUUGACCAUCCCAGAUUCUGUGACUCAGAUUGGAAUGUACUUUUUUUCGCUGCAUCUCUUUGACGAAUUUGACCAUCCCAGAGUGACUCAGAUUUUAUACAAAGCUUUUUCUGGCUGCAGCUCUUUGACAAGUUUGGAAGACAAGCUGAAACAGGCAGAAGAGGGUCUUUUGCUGCCUGAAUAUCGUGACAGGAAUCUUCGUGGGGAUUCCAAACACUGUGUUCCCCAGGUUUUCCUCAACGUGUCUCUCGGUUUCUGCCAGGUGGACAAUGCCAAGGCCUUGAAGGUGGCGGAUGAAGAGGCCAUGCACCACGAGGCCAUGAAGGAGCGUCAGAAAUGGAUCACCGAAGUCGCUGAACUCUUUUCGAAGAUCUCCGUUGAGAAGGAUGCAAAACUCACCAAGGACGACUUCAUCUACCAUGUGACCAACUCGGAUCGUAUCAAUACGUGCUUCUAUCAUUUGGGCAUCAACACAGAAACCACCAACACCGAUGAGUUGUGGGAACUCUUUGACAUGGAUGCGAACGGGGUCAUUGAUCAGGACGAGUUUGCCAUCGGCAUCAAACAGUUCCAUGGUUUUGCGAGAAGCAUCGACCUCUUUAAGCUUCGCAAGGAGGUGAGGGAAAUUCUGAAGCAAGUGAACAAGAUGUUCCUGGUAGAGCCAGAGUGA